GUGGCCUCAAAAAAAUCCCUGCACUGCCCGGGACCACCCAAAGCUGCGGGACACCCCCCGAGCAUCGCCCUGGCUCGCUGGCCCUCGCAUCACAGGGUGCCACACCACUGUGCCACCCGCGCUGGCACGGGCUGGGGACACCCACGUGGGGUGCAAACACCGCAGCCCCUUUUCUUCCCAGCACAGCACUGCCUGGCUGGGACAGCAGAGCCGGAGGGGGACAUCGCUGGCCCGUGGGAAGGGUUCCUGCCUGGCACUGUUCCAGCGUCCAGCUGGCCGAGGGCGCUGGCCCGGUGCCACAGGGGCUGCCCCCGCUCAGCUGUCGCUGUCUGUGACGCUCCCGUGACGGUCCCGCUCGGCUCAGCCCUGCCACCAGCACCCAGUGCUUGCAGCGCCUGCAGUCCCCACGCAUGGACCUGUGCCACGUCCCUGCCACCCGGGAGAAGGGCUGGUACCUGGCACUGAUGGCCCCCAACGUCAAAGGUCCCAACUAUGCCUGGCUGGACCCCUCCCGGCUCUACUGCCACCCGCAAGGCUUGCAGGACUGCGUGGCCGACCUGCUGCAGCCCUUCCAGGGAGAUGCCAUCGACAUGGUGGCCGGCAUCGACGCCAUGGGCUUCAUCCUGGGCGCCGCGGCCGCUGCUGCUCUGCGGAAAGGCUUCCUGGCCAUCCGCAAAGCCGGGCACCUGUGCGUGCAGACGGUGGCACAGCCCUACAGCGACUACUCGGGCCGCCAGAAGGUGAUGGAGGUCCGCACCGAUGCCAUCUCACCGGGUCUGCGCAUCCUUCUGGUGGACCAGUGGGUUGAAACUGGGGGCACCAUGAGAGCGGCCAUCGAGCUGGUGGAGCGGCUGGGCGGGGUCGUGGCAGGCGUCGCUGCCAUCUGCAUGGAGAACAGCGAGGGAGGGAAGUGGAUCCAGGAGCGCUACAAGUGCUCCCACUGUGUCCCCCCGCGCCUGCAGCCCCGCUUCGACCAGCACCGCUUUGGCUGGGACUGACGUGGGAGUGUCACCUCGUGUGUCCCCUGGAGGGCUGCUGGCUCUGCAGGACAGGGAUGCUCCUCGGUGGAAAAGGAACUCAUCCUCAGCGGCAGCCAUCCAUCCUCCUGCUUCCCUGUGAGCCUGGGGGCUGCAGCCAGGGACAGGGAGACCCACAGCCAGCCCCAGCCCCCUGCCCCCAGCCC